AUGCGCAUUGCAGGCAUGUGUGGUAUUCCUGCUGGCCCACUGGCCAGGCUGCAGUGCCUGCCACAAGCGGCGAAGGACACCCUGGGUGGCAUACAGCCCAGGGACCGCAAACACGUGAGGUUUGCGGAAUGGGGCACCUGCACCUGCCUCCGGAAGUCAAGUGGUGGGUGA